UUCGGGGCAAAGUCCGGCUGCUGGGCCAAACACAAAUAGUACAGACAUUAUCGCUAGUUGUUACACCAACUCGACUUAUCACAAAACAAGGCUGCGAGACGACGAGAAACCAAGACACUGACGAGGAUGGACACGACGUCUUCAUUUAUCAAAUCCGUCACCAAGCGAGUGUGGUCUCCACCGCAGCGUCCCUUCAGAGUCUGUCGUCAUGACAGGGAGACCAGGAAGGGCAUCACAGCCGGGACCCUGGAGGAGCUGAAAGAGAGGGUGUGCCAGGCUCUGCUGCUGUCCCUGUCUGCGGCGUCUCUGUCCCUGGCCUGCGAGGAGGACGGCACGGAGGUGGACUCCGACGAGUUCCUCAUGACCCUGCCCGACAACACCACGCUCAUGGCCCUGGAGCCUGGACAGACGUGGAGACCACAGCCGGGUGCGGUCGUGUCCAAAUCUCAUGAGCUCAGCAAGCCUCGCACCGGGAGAGACAUCGCUCGCGUCACCUUUGACCUUUACAGGAUGAGCCCGAAGGAUGUUUUCGGCUCCCUGAACGUGAAGGCCACCUUCCAAGGCCUCUACUCUGUGAGCGCCAACUUUGAAUGUCUGGGGCCCAAGAAAAUCCUCAGAGAAGCCCUGCGCGUGACCUCCGCCCUCCUGCACGCCGCCGGCCACCUGCUUCUCACUUCGGCCUCCAUGAUCCGCCGCAUCAUUGAAGGCGCUGAGCUUUGGCAGCCGCAGAGGACCGAGUACACAGCCAGCUGGAACUAACACAGCCGAGAGAGAGAGAGAGAGAGAGCGA